AUAAUAUUUGACACAUUUGCUUGGUUUACCACAUCCAAAUUCAUACUUCUGCACAAACUUAUCAUAAUUUGACUUCAUUUUAUGAGUAAUCUCUAAAUCCCUCAAAUUUUCUUUCUUUGCCAGCUCAAAGUUAUCUUGAGCAACAAGAACCACUCAACCAACGAAGACUCUUCAACACAAUAGAGGAAAGAUUGAACCUUUAACAAUAUAAUCAUCAAUAUACAGCUUCUUCUCAUCUUUCAUAUAUACAUCAGAAGAAGAAAAAAUGAAUAAGCUCUCAAGUGAGAUUGUGAUUGACAUACUUUCAAGAUUACCCAUCAAGUCCCUUGUAAAGUGCAGGUGUAUUUGUAAAUCUUGGCUACAUUUAACACAAGAGUUGCAUCUGAUUGAUACCCAUCUCUCUAUUUCCUCUAAAAAUGAAAUCUUUUAUGGUCUCAUCCUCAAAAGCUCAAUUCCCAUUCACACAACUUGUUGGCACAGUAAGUUAUCUUUUGUACAGAGAGAUGGAACUGAUGAUUAUAAGUGUGUUAACUUUAAUUUCUCAUUGCCCCUUUUGAACAAUUAUGAAAUUAUGGGUUCUUGCAAUGGAUUGCUAUGUUUGUUUGACCCAAUUGUUAAGUAUUUGACUCAUAUGCUAAAUCCAUGUACUGGGGAAUUUGUUUUCUUGCCUAACCCUAUUAGGGAUUUGGAGGAUCCUGUGAGUGUUGUUGUGGGGUUUGGGUUUUUACCUAAGAGGAAUGUGUAUAAGGUGGUGGAAAUUGUGUAUUAUAAGAGGGCAAUUGUGGAUGAUGAUAAUGAUGGUUUGAGGUCUAAUGUUUAUGUAUACACUAUUGGGGAUGAUUCAUGGAGAUGUAUUGGUUCUGCUCCUUAUUCACUUCGCGAUAAGUAUUUCUCCGGGGCAUGUGUGAAUGGAUCUCUUCAUUGGGUUAGUUCGGGUUAUGACGGUCCUAAACUUGUUGAUCAAAUUGUUGGUUUUGAUUUGGAAAAUGAAGUGUUUAGAGUCAUUCCUCAUCCUGAUUUUGAUUCAGGGAGACUCAACUACAUUUUGGGUGUUUUACAAGGUCGUCUAUCGGCUACUAGAUAUAAGUUUCAAGAUUAUGUAGAGAUUUGGGUAAUGAAGGAUUAUGGUGUCAAGGAGUCAUGGACAAAGUGUGUGAAAGUAGUUUGUAGUGAAGUUGGGCUAAUCAUUGGACCCGUCCAGCCUCUUUUCUUUCAGAGAAAUGGAGAGUUGAUACUGCAACAUGGUGGCUCUUUGCUUAGUUACAGUCCUCUGACAAAGAAACUUAGUGAACUUCGUAUUUCUGGAAUGCCACGAUCCUUCAAGGCGGUUAUUCAUGUUGGCUCUCUUGUUUCACCCCGAAAGUUAUUAAAAUGCGAGAAUACUGAAUUUGCUUGAUUUAGCAUAAACCUUUGCAGUGAAUUUUUCAGCAGAAACACGAUGGGGAUUGGUUCAUGGAUUUGAUUAGAGUGAAGUGGUUAUUAUCUCGUGUAUUAGAUGAAUUCCUUACACAUAGUAGCCAGCACUGUCCAGCCAUUACAUGGAGCUUUCUUUACGGGACUCGAAUCUGAUCAACAUACUACACCAGCAGGAAUAGGACCAUGAGAUAAAAACUUAUACCUAUUUGUGCCAUUUCUGACAGUCAUUGUACAUGCGAUUUAACUCAUUUAAGGUGUUUUUUUUUUGAAUUUUAACUCAUUACUUGUGUGUAGCUACUACUCUAGCUUAGUUUGAGGUUGUUUGUCUUUAUUGGAGCAAUGUUAAUGACAGUAACAAAAUUUGAGUUAGUGUUAAGUAUUACAUUUUGUUUCUCAUAUUGAAUUCAUGUACUCAUUUUUCCCCAGAGCUUAAGAAAGAAGGAAUUCAAA